AAGCAUCCUCUCUAUCUCUCGCACGCGCACACUUUUCCGCGGUUGCGUGCGCAUCGCCAUCCUCAGCCUGCUGGGGGCCGCGCCAACAAACAACCCCGAUCGGGAGACAAGAUUUUGAAAUCGAAACUGCCGCAGCAUCAGUAGCGAACGGACGGUAAGCGAGUGCGGUACGGUUCUAGGUUGGCCCCGAUCGUCAGCAGCAUCCGGCAGCUGAUACGAAAGUGAGAGUGAGUGUGUGUUUAUGUGAUAAAGUGGUGCGAUAAGAAUCGACCCGGCGGGAACCACAUUAGCAAGAGAGGAAGCCGACAAGAUGUCUGGUGACACGCAGGCCAAGAAGCGGAAGGAUAAGAAGAGGAAGAAAGAUGAUGAAGAUACGGUAAAGGAAACGACGGUCCAUGCACCGAAGCAACCGUCGGCCGGAGCUGCCCAGGCCGCGAAGGAACCGGGCGAUGUGCAGAUGCACAUCCAGAGCGACCACGGCACUGGCGGCCACUGGUGUGCGAAGGUCGUGUUCUUCAUCCUGCUGGCCGGUCUCGGUGCACUGAUUGGGCUGAUCAUAAUGGAAAAUCAGGGCGUCUCGAACGAGGAUACGCCACUGUCGGAAUCUCGGUACUCGGAGUUCUUCAACGGUUGGGUGGACGAAAACCGACAGGACGAUCAUCACCACGAUGAAGUGCUGGCCGCCAUCAACUCGCUGGACGAUCACGACGACGAGGGUGAUGCGCAUCACGCAGUGGAAGAUCACGAUGGUGGUGACGAUGAUGGCCACGAUCAGGACGGAGAUGAUGAUGAUCACGAUGAUGGUGCACCGUACGCAGAGGAGGAAGAUCACGACGAUGAUGAGGACGGUACGGAGGUACAGGAUGAUGAUGAGGAUGAAGGACCGGCAUCGAAGCUGGAUGACGAUGAGGUAGAGGAGAUCUACACUCAGCAGGAAGCAGCCGAACAACAGCAAGCGGCUGCUGCCGAUGACGAUGAUGAUGGAGAUGACGAUGGGCAGGAUGAUGAUGACGAGGACGAUGAUGCCGGUGCCAACGAUCAAACCAAUGCUGUUGAUGAUGAUGAUAAUGAUGAUGAUGAUAAUGAUGAUGAUGAUAAUGAUGAUGAUGAGAAGAAUGAGGAAACAGUUGUUGGACAGGAUAAUGAUGAUGAUAACGACCAGGACGAGGACGACGACAACGAUGACGAUCAAAAUGACAAAAAUGAGGCGGAAGAUGAGACUGAUAAUGUUUUGACAAAUAGUAAGACAGAAUUGGAAGAUGACAAUGAUGAAAAUGAUGAUGAACAGGAUGAAAAUGAUGAUGGUAAUGAUGAUGACAAUAAUGAUAAUGAAAAUGCUGCCGCAGAACAGGACGACGAUGAUGAAAAUGAAGAAGAUAAUAAUAAGAAUGUAGAUAGCGAAGAAGAUCCCGCUGGAAAUGCUGACGACGAUGACGACAAUCAGAAUGAAGCAGCAAAUGAGGAUGAUGAUGACGAUCAGGAUGAUACUCCAUUCGAUGAAGUUAAGCGAUCUAAUGCUUUGAAUGAUAAUGCUAACCAAAACGUACCAACGAUCAACGAAGACACAGUGCAAACAUCUGUCCCUGAACCGGAACGAAAUCAGGUGCCUGUAACGACAACCGUCCCAUCAACCGAAGGAGCAGUUACGGGCGACACGCUCAAAGAUCAAAUGGACGAAUUAGUUCGAAACUAUAACAAACUAGCGGAGUCGUUAGACGUACCGAAGGUUGAGGAGGUUGUCGAUGUUCCGGACACGAUCGCAGCACAGGUGAAUGAGGACGCGAACGAUGUCGGUGAUGAGGAAGAAAUUCUGGAAGUUACCCGUGGAUCUCAGCCAGCAAACGACGAUGACGACGACGAUGUGGAAGAUGAUGAUGCUGCAUUCAGCGAGCUCGUGGACAACGAUGGAGGAGAGGAAGAAUAUCUGGAGAAGCUCCGUGCAGAGCAGCAGCGACGUGCAGCAGCGGAAGAAGAACGCAGAGCCGCUGCCGAGCCGGAAGAGGAAACUUCACUUACCGUAAAGAUCUUUGUCGGUGUCGCACUGCUCGGUGCUGCCCAUCUUCUCUUAACUAGUCCACGUGCCCCUACGAAAAAACCAACCAAUCAAAGCGACGAUAAAUCCAACCCGAAGGUAGCUAAUGUACGUUCCGAUGGUGCUGUUGCGGCAAACGAUAGUGUCGCCGAGCAAAAGAAUGCACCGAACGUGCAAACGACCGCCACCAAAACGGUACUGGACGAUUUUGUUUAUGCAGGUCCAACGGAACAACUAUUAUCGGAACAGCAGGAGGAAGUGAUCGAAGACAAUGUGAUCAUAUUCGACGAUAACGACGAUGCUGAACGCUACUCUGGCGAUGACUACGAGUACGAGCUGGAUGAAUUGGAAGAGGCCGAAGAAGAGGCGGAACCUGAAGAGGACGCGGAAGAGCAGCUGCUCAUCAAGCAGGAGCAAGAAAUAGGAGCCUUUGUACCGAUCACGUUUGAGGACUUUAGCUCCAUGUACCGAGCACCAGCCGAACCCGAAGCUGUUCCGUUGCAAAGCCACCAGGAAGCGGCCUUGCCCGUUCAGCCACCACCGCCCUCAAACGAACGACAUUCGUCCAAGAAAACGACAAAAGAUUCCCUGCUUGCGCGCAGCAAACCACCAAAGGGAGCGUUUAACAAGCUCAUCUACGGGCUGCACAAGGACCCGAUCGUAAUACCGCCCGACGGGACGGAGCAGCAGCAAACCGGGGCGGCACCAGUGGAACGAGCUGCAAGGGAAAGGCACGUUGAGUUUCUGUUGCCCGAGCGGGAGCAACAGCCCGAGUUCGAGCUGGACGAGCCGGCGGAGUUUGAGCUGGAGCGCUCCUCGCCCGCCGGUGACAAUGGCAGCAAGGAGAAUCUGUUCGUGCCCGACACCAGCGAAGAGGAGGAGCUGGAGCCGAACGAGUACGCGGAAGAGUACAGCACGUACGCGGAGGAGCAGGACGAGGAGGAACUCGUGUACGAGGAGGAGGAAGAGCUGAUCGACGACAUCGACUCGGUUCUGCUCAAUCAGUACGGUUCGGACGAGGAGGAGGAACCGCUGACUGACGACAACAUUCCGCCGGGUGGGGACGACGAGGAGGAAGCGUCCGAUGUCGAUGACACCGAUCUGAUGCGACGGUUGGAGGAAAAGUAUGGCAAGCUGCCGGCGACCGGUAGUGCAGCUUUGCCGGAGGCCACACCGACCGAGGGCAAUGACGAGGAGGACGAGGCGACCGCUGCCGGCUGGACAAAAAUCCCCUCGAGGGCUGAAGAAGCUGAUCGGUCCUACCAGGAAGAACUAAGACGGGCUGAGCAGCAACUCGAUGAGGUAUGUAUGCCCCAGGAAGCGCUGGCCGCUUUCGAUCGUAUAUUGCUCCGAACGCCCAACUCGAUCGAUGCGCUAAUCGGCCGAGCGCGAUCGUUGGAUGCGCUGGCAGAGCAGCGGCGCAGUAACGCGAUCCUGACGGAAGCGAUCGCCGCCUACCGGAAGGUGAUCGAGCACGAGCUGUCGGUGGACGACGGUACGCUCAAAACGGUAGCCGAACGGUGCAUCGAUCGUAUGCGCUUCCAGGGCCAGCACGCGCAAGCGAUCGAGGUGCAUAACGUGCUGAUUCGACGAUUCGACAACGAACCGCUGUAUCGGAAUCAGCUCGCCGUAAGCUACCUUUACUUGAACAGACUUGCCGAAGCUAAAGCCGUACUGCACGAGACGCUUCUCCGCUGGAUCGACAAUGGGUUUGCGCUGGUACACUACGGCUUUGUGCUGAAAACGCUCGACCAAAACAUGGAACUGGCGGCCCAGUACCUGCAGGAGGGCAUCGAAACGGGCCAUCCCGGUACGCAGGACGGCCGGUUCUACUUCCAGCUCGGCGAUGCGCUCCAGCGGCUCGGGCGCAACAGUGAAGCGCUCGCCGUUUACCGCAAAGGUGUGCAGAAGAAGCUCUUCCGCUCGGUGUACCAGCGCUCGCUGUACAAUGUGGACGGGCUGGCGGCCCGGCCCUACUGGACGGAGGAGCAAACGACGUACGCUACCGAGCUGGAGCUGAUCCGCGCCAAGUGGCGGGAAGUUCGCGACGAAGGCCUGAAGCUGCUCACCAGUGCCGGCGUGUUUGUGAACGAGUCGGAAAAUCUGCGCGACCGGGGUGACUGGAAGCAGCUGGAGCUGUUCUCCCGAGGGGCCCGUGUGGAGCGAAACUGUGCCCGUGCACCGUACACGUGCCGGCUGGUGGAGCAGUACUUUCCCGCUGCCCGGACGUGCAAGCGCGGGCAGGUGAAGUUUAGCGUGAUGCAUCCCGGGACGCACGUGUGGCCCCACUGUGGGCCAACGAACUGUCGGGUGCGGGCGCAUCUUGGGUUGCGUGUGCCACCGGGGACCUACAUACGGGUGGCCCAAGAAACACGCUCCUGGGAGAACGGCAAGUGGUUAAUAUUCGACGAUAGCUUCGAGCACGAGGUGUGGCACAAUGGGACGGAAACACGGUUGGUGUUGAUAGUGGAUUUUUGGCAUCCCGAGCUUACGGAGAGUCAGCGGCGUACCCUGUCACCGAUCUAAUGCUUGUGUGGUACAGUACGAGCGCAAGGGCAGGAUUAACAGGAUGUGCGUGGAACGCAAAUGCAUUUUUACCCACCCCAAACUUCUCCCUUUUAAGAGCUGUUUUACUUCUCCUUAUUAGCAGUAAGAGAAUGUGUUUGGUGCCUUUUGCAAAUGCGAGUGAGUUUUACAUUAGAAAAGUAGCGUAGUAAGCGUAAAAAACAUUACUCAAAAAAUCAAAAGUAAAAAGUGUACUUGUCUCGAAUCACACACGGCGGUGUGGUGCAACCAAAGUUGUCGCGUUUGUCGAGCCGUUGCCUACCUUACGUUCGUUACGGGUUAUUUGGGUGAGGAGAUACGGUGAUGUGUAUUAUUUUGUAAAGACAGAUUCAGCCCUGUAAAGAGCCUAUAAAGACGAACAAAGUGAAAAAAAAUGAAGCUAGACGAAAGGGAGGACUAUGACGGACUGAUACGGAAGGACGAGAGUUACGAGAGAUUACUUUUGCUGAGACUGGAAAGAGAAUCUUCAGAAAUUAAGUUGUGAGGAUCGGAUAGAGUUACCCCAGACACACCAAGAGCAAUAAUCACAAGCAAAUGGAAAUGCAGUGCGCGCAGUGUUUUGUGAAAUCGGAAAGCGGUGUCUCCUCAUGAAAAUGGAGAUUAAUAAAUAGUAAUAAACGGAAA